GAGGCGGAUCCCGCUCCGCCGUACAGCGCGGCCGGUUCGGUGCGCGCGGGGCCGGCGCCGGCGGGGCGGCCAUGGCCUCGAUGGCGGCGGCGAUCGCCGCCUCCCGCACGGCGGUGAUGAACGGCAACCGGCCGCUGGAUGAGCGGGAGCGCAAGCGGUUCAGCUACUUCUCCUCGCUCAGCCCCAUGGCGCGCAAGAUAAUGGCGGAGAAGGAGCGGAUCCGCGAGCGCUACGGGCCCGAGUGGGAGCGGCUGCCGCCCCGCCAGCAGGACGAGAUCAUCGACAAGUGCCUGGUGGAACCGCACGUCCAGGCCCGCUACGCCGCGCACCGCGGCACCGCCCGCCCGCCCGCGGCGCCCGCCUCCUACCCCAGCCUGCGCCUCAACACGGGCCAGAAGGUGGUGCGCUUCGGCGACGAGGAUAUAACUUGGCAAGAUGAGCACUCAGCUCCAUUCUCCUGGGAAACAAAGAGUCAGAUGGAGUUCAGCAUUGCAUCUCUGUCCAUACAAGAACAGAGUGGUGCCCAGUCACAAAAUGAACAGAGGCAACCACUUAAAGCAGCACCUGGCGUCCAAGUCCCUAAAUCUUCUCAGGCUAAGACCCCUGGCUCUGAUGGGUUAAUAGCACCCAGAAAGGAUGAGGAGUCCUCUUUCUGGAAGAUAAAUGCAGAACGCUCCAAGUUUGAAGGAGACAAGUCUGAGUUCCAGUCCUUGACCCCCAGCCAGAUCAAGUCCAUGGAGAAAGGAGAGAAACCCCUUCCCUCGUUUUACAGACAAGAGUCUGCUCCAAAGGAGGUGGCAAAAGCUGACAAGUCCAGCGUAACUAAACCUGAGAAGUCUGUUACCCCCAGUCUACCUUCUGUAUCUCUUGAAUGGGAGAAACCUCGACCCACUCAACUCCCUUCUAGUUCUCUAGAUGAUUUCUUUCUUCAUGACCCACCACAGGACCUGGCAUCUUCUAGGACAAACAAGGAAGAUACUGAUGGUACUAUACUUACAGAUCCACAAAAGGCUGGACAGACUAGUACAAGCAAUGUUAUCUUGAAGACUGGCUUUGAUUUUCUAGACAACUGGUAAAAGGUGCAUCAAAAUAGUCCGAACCAAUUUUGGGGAAGGAGUGAGACAUCUUUCUCUUCAUGUGUUAAUUUACUAGUAUUUGUGUCUUUUUCUAGAAGUAACUUUCAAAUUCUUAAAUGUUGCCUUUGUAUAAACUUUUGUAAUACCAGAUGCAUUUUUGGUUUUUAAACAGUGUUAGAUGUGUGGUUUCAUUUUGAUUUAUUUUUAAAAUCUGUUAAAUUUUUAGUAGCUACUGUUUUGAGAGGAUGGGAGAAGUUACCAAACAGAUGUUAAAGGAAAACAAAUGAAGUGUCUGUGCAUCUGAGAAGUGGAACCUACAGGAGCAGGUUGUUAUUUUCAAUUGAAACCUUGCUAGCAUGGCCUGUAAGUAAUAGCAUAGCACAUGCAGUGGUUCCAAAAAAUAAACCAAAUGAUUCUGUACUUCAGAUAACUAGCAAAAGCAGUAUGAAAAAUAAGCAUACAGAGUGCGUUGAUUUCUGUAUCUCAUGUAGUCUGGAAGUAACUUUUGUAUUACUUAUUUGAAAAUACUUUUCUUUUGAAGAGGGCAGAGGUAUUGCCAAAAUGAUGGAUCCAAAGAAGCACUUCUUCUACCCUAUAAAUCUGCUAAAAUAACCAGAAGAGUGUUAGAGAAAUGUCCUGAGGAAAGAAUUGAUGUUUCUGAUCUUUGGAUUAAAGACUUGAACUGGGGAAGGGAAAUAGGACAACACCUUAUGAAUGGGAGAAACAGUCUUCAGGGAAUACAAGCCUAACGAUUCACUGCCUCCUUGUUAGAGCAUAACUCUUCUUAACAGUGGUGCUGGAAGCACAGCACUGGUAAUUGCUGCAGUGUGAAUUACCUUUGUGUCAGGAAACCACUAUGUUUAUGGGAGGUCCUAGCAGUAUGAGGCUUCUUUGUAUUUAUAAGCAACUUACAGUCUCAAAGACUUACAAACUUUGGUGCUUUUUCCUCCUGGUGGGUAUUUUCUCUCUUCAGCAUUCAACAUCUGGGUUACAUUUAUUCCCAAGAUGCAAAGUAGCAUCUCAAGGUGGCCCUCAGCAGUUCUGCGUUCGAAUGAUCUUUGGUGUUUUAAAUGUAGAGAACAAGGUUAGCUGUCAUUUGAGUCUGUUGUCUCCGAAAUGCAGCAUGAUUUACACACUGACUCUCACUGUGUUUACCUCACCUUGAAGCCUUAAUUCCCCCAACGCACAACCAGUGGGUGGUCUGCUCCAAUGCCAAAGGUCUGACCUUCCCUUUACCUCAGCAGUAGUCCCGUAGCGUUUGUUUGGGGUAGAAGGCAAAGCAUGGGACUCUGAUGGCUCUUGUAGGUCCCUGCCAAAUCUGUAAGAAGGUCGCCAUCUCCUAGACCUUGACAGUGCUGGGCUUCUCAUGGAUUAGCAUUUGGUUAAAUGCCAGAGGCAGUGACAUGCACAGAACUGGCUGCUGCAGGGUUUUCUUCUGCCUACUCCAAGUCUGUUACAGGAAGCGUUUGAAAUGUACUGGAGGAGUCCUUGCCUCUAAUUGCUGUACUGCCUGCUCCAAACAAGCAUUGUGUGCUGAUAGAGCAUUAAAACUUACUUGCUGACCAAGGAAAAUGCUGUAAGCUGCCCUCUGAAAAACACAGCCCCAAACCUCCAGCUUUUCUAGAGUUUUCUUAAAAGGUUUCUUAGCUAAAGGGCAGAUUGCCACAGAGUAUAAGCCAUUCUAUAGCCUUAUGUAUAGAAUUCAGAGGCUUCUAAAUAUCCCUCCUGAGAUGCACACGUUCCCUAAUUCACAGAUAUUGUCUCUGCAUUCAGCAGUUCACAAAAUACUAUAAUUGUUUCUCUUGGCCUAGGCUUUACAGCUUGCUUUUUCUUAGCUGUCUGUUUUUAGGAUUUCUUACAAGUAAUCUUACAAGCAUUAAUAUAGCUUAGAACAACUUCAGCAAAAAAACAUUUAGGUGUGUAAUUAGUGCUGACUUACACCUCCUUUUCAAAGCUGACAAACACUAACCCUGGGUGUUACUCCUUUCAUUGACUCCAAUUUUCUAUGCAUUUAGCUGCUGAAAAGUUUCAAAUCCAAUGUUAGGAUGUGUAUUCUAAUCUUACUUAGAAAUGGGCAGAUCUUAAAGCAAACUCUCAUACUGUUGAGGGGUGUUAUUUCAUAUCUCUGCUAACUGCAUUGAAACUUCUUAAAGCAAAACCUGGGCCGUCUGUCUCCUCCAUUGGCUAACACUACCCUGAUACACAUUGGGACCAGCUGGUAGAACAUGCUGCAGAACUUUAUACUUAUCCUGGUAGCUCUUUCCUGUGCUUUGACAAGAGUUGAUGAUGCUCCUUCUUUCUUUCAUAUGUUUUUAUUAAACAUUCUUACAAAAAAAAAUGUACUUGGUCACAUUUUAUAUUAACAAUGUUUUAAUAAAUUCACUUUAAAUAGAA